AUGGCAGAGCUCGAGGGCCCUCUGGCUCCCAACGACGACCGCGAGCACCCAGAAACGACAAUAAACGACUAUGAUUCGUCUUCAGACUCGGACGCUCCCUCAGAGGCCGCUAUCCUCCACCAGGACGAUAUUGAACUCUCCCAAGAGGCUCCAGAUGACGACUCGGAGCCUCCUUUCCCGCCAUUUAACAUCUGGUCCAUGCCCAAUGCCAGGAUUCCAAUAGAGGCUUACAAGGAGAUGACCCUCGCAUGCCGCUUUGUCCCCACUGACCAGUGGCUGACAACGCGAGUCGAUCGCACCUGGACAGUCUCCCAGGUCAAGCACCAUAUGCUCACAAAGCUCUGGGGAGGUCGCAGAUACCAGCUAUCCUUCCCACGCACUUCGAAACCUCCUGUACCUUCCAUCCCGAGAGAACCAGGCGAUGGCGUGGGCAUUACCUCGAUUUCAAGCUCAAAUUAUUCGUCUGUCGUCUUUGCAGCCAGCAUCAUGGGCGAUUCUCAUCCUCCCUUUCACCACUCCAACUAUGCUCUCGAUAAUCCCUCUGAGCCUUCACUCGUCCAGACCACUCUUCCGGACGCACCCGAUGGUCCGCCGCCCGUCGUCGUGGGCACUCCACGCUUGACAAAGAGUCUGUCUUCUGAAGACUUGCAUGCCUCUCACGGAUACUCGCCAACGUCGUCCACCUCCCGCACUCGUUCCCAAUCCACUGGAGGCGGCCGUCCACCCACUCUGUACAGCUCAGAAAGCGAGCUAGGCGAUCUCAGGAGAGAAGAGGCCAUGGAAAGACUUUACGAGCGAAUCGAAACCUCGGUCCGCCGUAAAGUACACAAGGCUGCCAAAAACUAUCGGCUCGUCAGCUUUUCAAACGGAAAUGUCUUGGAUGACAACGAUCCGAUCAGCGCGUACCGGCUCAAGCCGUUUGAACUACUAGAGAUUCAAUCGGCCUCGCAUUGCAUCCGACUCACGCGCGCAACCUAUCUCGAACCCUAUUUUGAGACGGAUACAAUGGUGCGCGUGCGUGGGGGUGCAGAGAAGCACGGUAUCGAAUUCAUCAAACGUCUUCGGCAAUUACAACGCGAAGAACGUGCCCGUUCAGAGAUUCUAAGGGCCAUGGCUGCAGUCGGCAUCGACGACAAGGACAAGGCCGGAGAGUGGGGCACCGGUCUCUCUGCCGUGACCAAGCAAAAAAACUUGGAACAGCGGCGCGAGGAAGAAAAAAGGCGGCUCUUGCUUGAACAGGCGCGUAAACAAGAAGAACGAAGACGGAAACGAGAGAGAAAGGAGCAAGAGUCGGAAAAGUGGAAAGUUCGAAAGAUGAUUGUCGAGGGCCACGACUUGAACAUUUGGCGAGACCCCGUCCACGAUACGUUUCCAGAGCAGAGUUGGGAUUUACGGAGGGCUAUUGAAGUCCAAAUCCCCCGACCACCCGCAGAGGAACCCGCGUCGUCCACCCAAACUGCCUAUGCAGCGCUCGCUGCGUCCUCCAACCUCCAAUCCGUCUCUACACGCGCUCCCGAAAAGGCCAAACCAGCCAAGAGCAAAGUCCCAGACCAAGUCCUCGAACAACCCACACUCCACAUCCGCUUCUCCAUCCCAAUAGGAAGCGUCUAUGCGUCCCUCAACCCUGCUGCUGCCGCUGCCUUGCAUGCCGCCCGGCUAAAGCGUGCGGCUAAACUAAAUCCUGGGUCAUCCUAUCUAGCGGAAUCGUUGGCCUCUCUCGGUACAGCUUCAACCCGACGGAUAGAUUCCACGGAUCCAUAUAAUCAGGGGUAUGGAUUCGGUACGAGUACGCUCGAGGGCGCCGGUACCGCUUCGCUCGUCCUACGACUCCCGAACGAAAAGGCCCGAGAACACUUGUGCAGAAUCAUUCACCGUUCUGCGGGGCGAUAUCCCCUCAUCACCAAACAACGACGGACCCUCCCGUUUGAGCCAGUUCAAGAUUUGAUCCCGGUACCUGAUCCAGAUCCGGAACGAAAACAGACACACGGCGCACCUUUUCCUGAAUGGCGUGCCCGUGUCCUCAAAAAGGCGAUUGCAUCCGGUCGCUCGGGCUUUCUCGCGUCUCCAGCGUGGAAUGCCGCAUACAAUGAAGUUACGGGACUCUAUAUGCCACCUCCGGGCCUAUCGGCUUCCAACGAUGGUGGUGGGUAUGAGGGGGACGACGACGACGAUUGUGCCUCACUUGUGAGUGAUACAGAAUGGGAAGGUUGGCGACGUGAGUUGGAGAUGGAUAUGCCGCCGAAACCAUUGUCGACGAUUCAUUCCGUUUCUGCUACGUCGGAUGCGACUCCUCGUGUCGGUCUCUCGCUUGCGGCGCUCAAGGAAGAAGGAUCGUCGUUGGCGCUUGCUUCGGCGGAUGAGCACGUGAAUGUUGCGGCAAAGGCGUCGUAUAGCGAUGGAGAGGAGAAAUACAAGUCGCCGAGGCAUAGUGGACAGUCUACGCGCGCUCGAAAGAGCUCGCUGAGAGCGGCCAAACGUGUCGUCGUGGAUGGGAUCGCAGGCAAAGGUCUCAUUAUCCCGCACUCUUCCAAUGCCUAUGCGUCCUGGACGAGCUUUUCGUCAAACUCUUCUAUCAACUCGUCUUUCCACUCCCACGACGAUUAUCGACUCGGUGAAGGCAGCGAUACCAAUGUUGGCCCCAAACGACCACGUCUCCCACCCAUCGUCACAGGAAACAGUACCAGCCCUCGUGGGAGUGGAAACUUAUCGCGAGCGAAAUCUGCCACCGUCUUUUCUUCGAGACCAAACGCUUCGGUGCCAGCGGCGAGCAUCUCUGCACCCUUGUCGGCCACUGUCGACAAUCUCGAUGGCUCGUGGGCAGCGCCUGAUCCACCACGACAACUACCCUACAAAUACCCAUCCGACGGCAUCUCCCCAGAUGAGCUCUUUGCAAUCGGCCCCGAUGUGGCUUUACCGGGACUUGGAGGUGGGUUGGGCAACCCAGCCAUGUUCCCCGCAUUUGCGGGCAUGGGGACGACGAUUACGACUGUGAGCUCUGGACGAGCGGCGAUGAGCAGCGGCGCUGGUGGUGGGAGCAAUGGGGGUAGCAGUCGAAAAUCGAGUCUGAAAAAGGCCAGUUUGGGCUCGUUACGGAGCAGUGCAAGCUGGAUCUCGCGCUCGUUUGGGACCAAAUCGGGCGAGGAAAAGCUUCGACAUGAGCGAAGCUUGACAUUUCAUCAUCAAUCGCAUUCGUCGUCUGGCUCGGCUGGACAGGAUGCCGUUGGAGGAGGCAAUGGGGAGCACCUUGGAACGCGACGGACACCUUUACCCAAUGCGGCACCUCUUGCACGGGGUGCGAGCAGUGCUAGUAAGCGGUAA